AUGAUAGGAUGGGGAGAUGUGUGGAAGGUGGUCGAGGCGAUGACGCCGUUGUAUGUAGCGUUGAUAUUGGGAUACGGGUCGGUUAAAUGGUGGCGAAUAUUGCGCGUGGAGGUGUGCGAGGCCAUCAACCAUCUAGUGUUUUACUUCACUUACCCAUUGUUUGUGUUCGAGUUCGCCGCUCACGUGAACCCUUACACCAUGAACUACCCAUUGAUGGCCGCCGAUGUGGUUUCGAAGGUCAUAAUAGUGGCGGCGCUGGCGUGCUGGGCCAAGUGGUGCCCCCACGGGAGCUACUCGUGGUCGAUAACUAGCUUCUCUCUCACCACUCUCACCAACUCUCUUGUGGUUGGGGUUCCCUUUCUCCAGCCCAUGUACGGACAGGUGGGAUUCAACCUAGUCGUUCAAUCCUCGGUGUUUCAGGCGCUUGUUUGGACCACCAUCCUCUUGUUCGUCUUCGAACUCAGGGAUCUGCGGCGCCCUUCUCCCGCUCCUACUGAUACUGAUCAUGAUUUGGAAAACCAUCCCAUCACUGAUGCACUUGUAGAGGAGAUUAUCGCACCACCGCUAUCUUUGCGGAAGUUGAUCAAAAAGGUCGCCCUCAAAAUCGCCAAGAAUCCAAACUUCUACGCUUGUAUUCUCGGUCUUACUUGGGCCUUUUUAUCGAACAGAUGGCAUUUUAGCAUGCCGAACAUCGUGGAAGAAUCCGUUCUGAUCUUGUCUAGAGCUGGUACUGGCACGACAAUGUUCAACAUGGGGUUGUUCAUGGCGUCUCAAGAAAAAGUGCUAGCAUGUGGAGCAAAGCUCACGAUAAUUGGGAUGGCGCUAAAAUUCAUUGCUGAUCCGAUGGCCAUGGCUCUAGCUUCAUUUGCUGUUGGUUUGCGUGGAGAAGUCUUGCGUGUCGCUAUCAUCCAGGCAGCAUUGCCGCAAUCCAUCAACUCCUUCAUCUUUGCCAAAGAAUAUGGAUUACGUGCAGAUGUUUUCAGCACCGCGGUUAUCUUCGGCAUGAUUGCAUCUCUACCGGUGUUAAUAGGUUAUUCUGCAAUAUUGGAAUUAGUACAUUGACGAUGGUGGCCGAGAAAGCUGACAUGUUAUUCUUUUUAUUUAUCACUCUGAAUUUUUUAUGAAGUAGAAAAUUAUUUUUAUAAAGUCUUUUCUCAUGGCUACUAAUAUUAUCAUCUAGGAAGAAUUUUUUGCAAUUUUUUCCCAAUCAAUUUUCAUUCAAACAUGCAGUAGAAUAUAUUAAAUUAUCUUUUAUUUGGAUCA